AUGUCCAAUGCGCCAAAUACCGCGGGCAAUGAACGAUUCAAUGCCGAAGCAGCAAACUGGGACAAUAACCCUUCCGUCCAAGAGGCGACUCGCCUCGCAUACGAGACACUCCGACCCCUCAUUGAGAACCUGUCGGAGAAACAAGCCACGACCGGGACUGGCUUGGAUGUUCUCGAGGUGGGCUGUGGAACAGGCUUGUUGAGUGUGCGGGUAGCACCACUGGUCCGCGAGAUCGUCGCCGUUGACACGGCAGACGGUAUGAUUGAGAUGUUGAAGGCGAAGACGACCCUGCCCGGCUCUCCACGAAAUAUUGUGCCUAUUUGCAAGUUAUUAGAGGACCCUGAGGAUCCUGUUCUUCCUCCCAGUGAUGAGAAGCAUCCUUCAGCAGGUCGGAGAAAGUUUGAUCUGGCCUUGUCGCAUCUGGUGCUACAUCAUAUUCCUGAUCUGCGGCCUUUUCUCCAGAUGCUCCUGGGCUGCCUCAAGCCUGGGGGCAGAAUAGCUCUGACGGAUUUCGAGGACUUUGGUCCCGAGGCGAUCAAGUUUCAUCCGAAGUCAAAGUUGGAAGGCGUGGAACGGCACGGCAUCCCGCGUCAGUGGAUCGAAGACCUACUGAAGGAGGUUGGCUUCGAGCAAGUUAAGGUAUGGGUCGGAUGGAAGCUGGAUAAAGAUGUCGAGGGAUGGGAGGAUGAUAAUGGAAGCCAUGAUGGUGGUAAGAAGACGAUGCAAUUUCCCUUUCUCGUGUGCGAAGGAGUGCGUCCAUGA